UGUGACAUUUCAAAUAAAGCUACAUGGCACUACCUGGUCCUGGACGCACAUUGGCCAUCUUUCCACAUUAUUUUGGUGCGUACUGGGAGCCGAAGUUCCAACUCCAAACCUAAAUAAGAUCCGUUUUCAGUGAGAAAGAAUCAGAUUUUUCCACAAGUGCAAAGAUGCAGCUGCACGUACGAGGAUUGCGCACACACGUUUUGGACGUCCAGCCGGACGACAACAUUGCCCAUGUGAAAGCCUUGGUGGCCGGACUGGAGUCUGCCGACGUGAGCGAGCUUCACCUGUACUGCGAGGGUAAACCGCUGGCCGAAGAUGCCACCGUGGCUCAGCUGACCUCGGUCGAGCUCGAUGUCGCUGUGAACCUGCUCGGUGGUAAGGUGCACGGUUCGCUCGCUCGUGCCGGCAAAGUGAAGGGACAGACACCGAAGGUUGAAAAGAAGGAAAAAAAGAAGAAGAAGACUGGUCGCGCUAAGCGACGCAUCCAGUACAACCGGCGCUUCUCGAGCGUGGUCCAGGCGUACGGACGUCGCCGUGGUCCGAAUGCAAACUCGGCCUAGGCGCGAGCGAUGGGAACGACGGGUCAACGCGCAAACUGCUGAGCGGUGAAUGAUAGGCGAUAAAAGCAAUCCUCGUCGCGUUUGUCUUACUACGAUGGAACGUGGAAAUUGGGUCGUUGAUGAAGCACACAACACCCGAUGGAUUGCAAAAGCCUGCGAAAUAAACAACACUGUUCGUGGGAGCGCCUGAAAACAAACUCUAUCCUAAGUUUUAAACCUGUCGUUGUAAACCACGCCAUUUUUUGCUGGAUGUAAAUAAAUCACGCAUUGACAUUUCCAA